AUGUCACCUCCACUCUCCGUCAGCCAGCACUUCUUCCACUCGGCCGGAGUCCGCUUCAACUACCUCAUCCGCGGCGCCGGCCCCCUCGCAGUCAUCCAAUCCGUCGGCUGGGGUCUCUCCGCAUCUUACCUCUGGAACGGCCUAGGUCCACGCCUCGAGGCCAGCCGCACAGUGUUGUACUUCGAGCCCCGCGGCAAUGGCGACUCCAGCAAAGCAGAUCCAUCGACCAUGAACGCGAGGACCAUGGUCGAGGACCUGGAACACCUACGAUCUCACCUCGUGGGGGUGUUUCGGAAGUUGGGGUGGGGUCUUAUCGGACACUCGCACGGCGGCGCCAUCGCGUUGCGCUAUGCCCAGCGGUACCUGGAAAACGUCUCUAAGCUGCUUCUUAUCGCGCCGCAGGUGAUGGACUGCACUCCGGGCCAUGUUAGAGCCUGGAUGGAGAAGCGAAAGGACGAUGAGGCGUAUGCUCCUUCUGUGAAGAAGCUGAUUGAGAUUGCGAAGGCCGGGGGCCCCAGGAACGAUGAGCACUUCAGGGAGUCUCUGGACACGAUGCUCGUGUGGUGGUUCGCUGAUGUGAAGAAUGCUGACGUUCUGAGACGGGACAUUGCCGGGCCCGUGGCGAGCAAGAACCCCGCGACUGCAUCUGCGUGGCAGACAAACCGUUUUGAUAUGUCUGAGGAGAACACGCUGCCUCAUAUCAAGGAUGCUGGAUUAGUCAAGGCCGAGACGCUGGUUCUUCAAGGGGAAGAGGAUUCGGUUUGUAGUGGAGCGGGAGCGCAGGCUGUUGCCGAUGGUAUCAAACAUUCUGAGAUCAAGGUUCUUGCGGGAGCUGGGCAUUUUCCGUGGAUCGAGGCGCCAGAGGAGUUUUGGAGGGAGACAGAUGCUUUCGUGAAGCUUUAA